AUGGGCUGGGCCUUCUGCUGCAACCUCUUGGUUUGCGGUUCUUGCUUGCCUGAGUCGCCCCCUGCCCGUGCCCGCCGUGCACUACCUUUACCUCUUGCUGGGGCGCAGGCCUUCCCGCGCCUGGUCGUCCUGCUCAACCAUGCCCGUGGCACACCUUGGAAGGCCUUGUGUCUCACCUUCGGUUCGGGCACCCGGAUUGGGAUGUCGCAGUUUGCCCUGGAUGGUGGAAGUGAGGAUGCUAAGUCCAGGCCGAGUGACGAGCCGGCGCCGGAACCCAGUGCUGCUGGCAUCGACGAAAGGAUUGAGAGACGACCUGGGGAGGCAGUGCAGGCAGCCGCGAAUGUCGUGUCUGAUCUGGAAGCAGCCCAGGAUGUCCGUGGCAUCCUGGAGGCUGUGAGCAGCGACGCCGGCCAUGCUGCUUCCAAGGGUGCUUAG